UGAAUACAAUUACUCACCGCAAAAUCGAGUGCCAAAAUGAAGAUCAUAAUUAUGAAGGUCCCACGAUCCACACUCCAAAUUUCGAAGCAAUGCCCUAAAUUCAACGGUUUCAAACCCAUAAUUGAAGCUUUUGUAAUGAAUCAAUUUAACACCACAUCAUCAGAGCACUUCCACACGUCUUGGCAUUGGCGGCGGCGGCAACAACCUAAUGACGGUAUCAUCCGUUUCUUUUUGUGGCUUUGAUCAAGUCUUUCCAUUAGAUAUUUUAGUAUUUCAAUGGCCACGUUCUCGAUAGAUUAGAAUCAGAGUAUGGCUUAUCGUCAUUCUGUGGCGGUGCACGCAUAACAAUGAAUGUAACAGGUCAUAAAAUAGAGAAGGUGAAGAAAGAGAAUCAAACUAGGCGAUGUUUGAUGAAAAAUUCGAGGCUGAUACUUGUUUACACUAGAUUUUUUAUAUCCACUUAUCUCUCUUUUCAAACUGAACCUUGACUUGGGAUGAAUGUGCUUUUCCUUCAACUAUAAUACACAAAUGGAGGCUUCAGCUAGGAGCUAGGGCUGCAUUUAUACCUUGCUUCUUCUGUGUCGUAGGCUGAAGGAAGGGGGACAUAUGAAAAAGAAAAGGAAGUAAAAGAAAAGAAGACACUUAGGGGACGGCUCCUGUGGACAAUACCAGGAAACCAAGUUUGUUAGUGUCAUUACCAUAAUGAGUAAUGAUGAUGAAAGCUCUCUGUCGUAUACUCAACCCAUUGGAAGAUGGUCGAUAUUCUGUUUUGGCUUGGGGCAUAUGCUCAAUGACAUUACUGCUGCCUGCUGGUUUACUUAUCUGCUACUUUUCUUGACGGAUAUUGGAUUAUCUCCAGGGAAUGCUGCUACAGUUAUGCUUUCGGGUCAAGUAGCGGAUGGAGUAACGACAAUUUUUGCUGGUGAACUGAUAGAUCGGUUUGGACAUCUCAAAAUAUGGCAUGGUGCUGGAUCUGUGUUGGUCGCAGUUUCAUUUUCUUCUGUUUUUGGUGGUUGCCUACCCUGCAUAUUGUUUUCCAGAAGUUCGUCAACAUUGCAAACUGUAGGCUACAGCUUUUUUGCGGCAAUCUUUAAUGUUGGUUGGGCUGCCACUCAGGUUUCACAUAUGUCUAUGGUUAAUUGUAUUACAUUAAAUUCAACUAGUAGAGUGGCAUUGGCUAGCUGCCGCAAUGCUUUUAAUAUGAUUGCAAAUCUUAGUCUGUAUGCAGUGGCUCUGUUAGUGUUCAGUAUCAUCAAGGCAAAAUCACAUGCAGAUAUUGAAUAUCAGUAUCGAGUGAUAGCAUAUAUUUCAAUUUUCAUUGGGUGCUGCUUUGUGGUCAUAUUUCUAGUGGGGACAAAGGAGCCAAGUUUGAAGGUUGCUGUACAGGGAAAUCGGGGUUCAAGGAUCUCAUGGUCAUAUUGGUUCAAGAAAGUAUUAUACUAUCAAGUUGCUCUUGCUUAUGUACUUACGAGACUGAUAGUCAAUGUUUCGCAGGCAUUUCUGGCAUAUUAUGUUAUUAACGAUUUGCAUAUGGCACAGUCGGCCACAGCUUUGGUUCCUGCAAUAAUCUAUGUCUUCAGCUUCAUCAUAUCUGUGGUUCUCCAGGAGGUUGUUUGGACCGGCCAACGCCUGAAGAUCUAUUAUUCUGCUGGAGGCAUUAUUUGGAUGUUUUGUGGUGCAGUGAUUCUCAUUUUACCUUCAAGCUUGAGUACUUUUAUGUACGUCAUGUCCACGUUUAUCGGCAUAGCAAAUGCUUUGAUGAUGGUGACUGGAGUGAGUAUGCAAAGUGUUCUAGUUGGUACGGAUCUGAAUGGUUGUGCAUUUGUGUGUGGUUCAUUAAGCUUCCUCGACAAAAUCUCAUGUGGGCUUGCGCUAUAUUUUCUGGAGUCAUUUCAGAGUAUUUCUGCAUUACAUGUUUCCGAAAACACUCCUCUCGAUGCCACCUAUAUUUCAGUUACAAGAUAUGGUCUCGGACUUGUGCCCGCAGUUUGUGCAUUUCUUGGAGUAGCAGUUACAAUCAGCAUGAACCUUGGUGCCCCUUAUGCCAAGUACUUAACAGAAUCUCUACUGGAAUAAUGGUAGGAACGUUAGCCCCCAAGCAGAAAAUCUGUAUAUAGACCUAUCACAAUUCACUAUUGUCGACAUUGAUUUCACAUCGGAAGAACAACAAAAAACCAUCUGCAAAAUAACUAUGUACAUGACAGAAGAUCAAGUUGCCGAAACAAUUUGAUGAAAUUCAUCGUCAAAGCGAUUUCUAUACUGAUAUAUAGCACAGGUAUCAAACUAUUUUCUGCUCAAAGAAUUACACAUCCAGUUAGUUUUAGUUGCUCGCUGAAAAUGGAUGGAUCAUUAUCUGCUCGUCCCCAAGGGAUUCUAAGAUUAGCUCUGAUUCUUGUUAUUGACUGCCUCGUUUAUUUUUUGCUGCCUCUAGUUGUAGAAUGUUCAUUUCAAGGCAACAAUUUCAUAAACUAUUCUUAAGCCAAUCUCUGGUUGGUUUGUAUACUAGAACACUCAUGUGGGAUUACGAUCUUCUCUGUAUAUUUUUUAGUUUGCUUUAUUCCUUUUUCUAUGUACUUUUGGAUUCGUAAUAUUGAUUUGAUGAUCUGAUGGGAAAAACUUUGGUAAAGUCAGUGUCUUGUCUAGUCUAGUCUAGUCUACAAGUGGGGUCUUUGAGAAUGGAAUUUGGUUGUCUUAUAAUAGACAAGGAGAAAGGUUUCAGUAGUUGAAAUUCACUUCCAAAGAUUUGUUGAUGCUGUUUUCAGCCAACUCACUGAUCUCUUUCAGAUUGA